GGACAAAACAAGAAAAAGCGGCUGGCAGCACAGACAGGUUCAGCUGACGCGGCGCUGGGAGCUAGUGGACACAGAGCGAGGUAUGACACAGAGGUGAGUUUAUUGAUGUUUGACCACUUCUCUUGUGCAGCGCGCUCCUGCAAUGCACCAGCACCACAAUAAGUCUGAUGCUACCACAGAUUCCGUGCAUCUAUCGCCAUGGUGAGACAGAGAGGGAGAGAGAGAGAGCGCUCCUGGACCUUGACUCUGUUGCCAUGGUGACCCUGUAGCAAGCAACAGUCACCAUGGGAACGUCCAGGAUGUUCCGCAUUUUUGUAGUCCUGGGCUCGGCCUUUAUGAUCCUUCUGAUCAUCAUCUACUGGGACGAUGUCGGUGCCUCCCAUUUCUAUUUGCACACUCCUGUCUCCCCGGGCCCCAAAGUCCCGCACCCAGUUCCCCAGAAGAGGCCACAGACCUCUCGAGCCCCGUCCUUUCUGUCGGACAUCGAUGCCUUUGUUAACCAGUUCUUAGAGCCGGGAACUGGUGAGCCCACUGACGCUGCCCCGGCUGACACAAGCAACCAGUCAGAGAAAGCAGAGGAACGAUAUAUACCGCGGCGGGAGUGGAAGAUUCACCUGACCCCACUGGCUCCAGAGCUCCGUGACAGACAGGAGCAGAGGCGGAGGUUGCUUCAGGAGAUGUGCGCCAAUGACAGCGUCUUAUUUCAUGGCAAAAACCGUUCAUUUGACGACAUUCCCAACAAGGAGCUGGAUCAUCUGAUUGUGGAUGACAGGCAUGGCAUUAUCUACUGCUAUGUUCCCAAGGUAGCGUGCAGUAACUGGAAGCGCAUCAUGAUAAUUCUCAGUGAAAGCCUGCUGCAGGAGGGCGUUCCUCAGAGAGACCCCCUGGCCAUCCCCAGGGACCUGGUCCACAACAGCAGCAUGCACUUCACCUUCAAUAAGUUCUGGAAACGUUAUGGCAAGUUUGCAAGGCACCUCAUGAAGGUGAAGCUGAAGAAGUACACCAAGUUCCUCUUUGUGCGCGAUCCUUUUGUCCGUCUCAUUUCUGCCUACCGGAAUAAGUUUGAGCUACCCAAUGAGGACUUCUACCGACGCUUUGCGCAGGUCAUGCUGCGCCGCUACGCCAACCAGCCGACGCCUCCUGCUUCUGUGGAUGAAGCCUUUUCUUUGGGUAUCCAUCCCUCUUUCUCCCACUUCAUCCAGUAUCUCCUGGACCCUCAGACAGAGAAGGACAUGCCCUUCAAUGAGCACUGGCGGCAAGUGUAUCGACUUUGUCACCCAUGUCAAAUUCAGUAUGACUUUGUGGGACACUUGGAGACGGCAGAGGAGGAUGCUGAACACUUGCUGCGACUGCUGCGGGUAGACAACGUAGUGGAGUUUCCCACCUCCAGCAGGAACCUUACAGCCAGCAGCUGGGAGUCGGACUGGUUCAGCACAGUUCCGGUAGAGGCACGCAGGGAACUGUACAAGCUGUACGAACCUGACUUCAGGCUGUUUGGAUACGAGAAACCAGACUCACUCCUCAAUGAGUGACUCAUGAUUCUACUGAGCUGAUGGAGACACGCAGACAAGAUUGGGAGCAGCUAUUCCUAAUGUUGGUUGUCUCAUAGCCAGCUGCUCCACCCCUCUGCUGCUCGAACCUCCUGUCUACAAAGGGGAAAACCAAUCAGAAGAAGAAAGCUGGC